AUGGCGGCUGUCAUGGCAGUUCAAGCAGCUCUUAUAUACCAGGUCCAAAACGCGACCGCAAUCGCAAAGGCUGCCGGGAUUGGCGCUGCGGUAAUGCUGUUUGUUUUCCAAGGAGCCUUCACCAUCGGUUUCCAGGCGACCGUCUGGGUCUAUCCGUCUGAAAUCUUGCCUCUUCGAAUCCGGCAAGUGGGCUCUUCCAUUUCCAGCGCAACCAACUGGCUGUUUAACUAUAUGAUUGUACAAAUCACGCCCAUUUCAAUCGCAAGCAUUGGAUGGAAAACUUACAUCAUUUUUGCGGUUUUGAAUGCAACUUGGGUACCCAUAAUCUACCUUUUCUUCCCGGAAACCAAGGGCUUGGAGCUAGAGGAUGUAGACCGUCUUUUCUCUGGCGAAGAGAUAUUCGACUCGCGCCACGAAAGGGAUGAGAAGCAGGAAGUAUGGGACAUUGAAGAUGUUAGAGCGUAG